AUGCACAACUCUGACGCUGUCUCCCGCGCCAAAGGGGACACGUUUUCCAAAGAAGGGUCAUCUACUGAAGCCACCAACAUGCAGACCGCGUCACGGAUGCAGGAGGAUGCUCCAUCGGUCGCCUGUACUGAACUAUGCUCUGACGUGCACCAGUUCAGAGUCUGCCAUCCCAUCUGCCUAGCAGAUGUAUAUCCAGCCAGAAGACCUUGGCUUAAAAAGAGACUUUACGUGGCUUUGGAUUCACAAAGCGACGCCUCCCUGGCGACUCCAGAGUUUUUCCAACUGUUUGACAUAAAAACCCAGACGGUCGACUACACCAUGUCCACCUGUGUAGGGAAGAAGAAGUUGCAGGGUCGCAUAGCAUCCGGCUUUGUUGUCUCCUCUUGUGACCAGAAGAGACUGUUCGAGUUACCAGACCUCAUUGAGUGUUCCUCUAUUCCCCGGAACAAAAGGCAGAUUGUCACCAGAGAAGUCGUGGAAGCCCAUCCUCACUUGCGAAAGCUGAAGAACGCCUUACCUGCUUUCCGUCCAGAUGUGGACAUUGCCCUUCUGCUUGGUGCGGACUGUCCGAACUUGUUCUAUGUGAACGACCAAGUUAAGGGACCUCCAGGGGCGCCCAUUGCUCAGCUGCUACCACUAGGCUGGACAGUUACAGGCCCAGUGUGCAUAAAUAGGAUGCACCCUCCAUCGUCGGUGGGCACUCGUCAAGCGCACGUGCUUCAAGGCAGUCGCCCCACACUAAUGCAUAGCUGUUUGAGUCAUAUCUCGGUCUAUUGUCAGGGGAUAACACCAGAGUAUUCUUCCAUCUUUGAAGUCUCCGAAAGGGAUGAAACUACAGCGCUUUCCAAAGAUGAACAGAGGUUUUUAGAGAUCAUGAACUCUCAAGUUUCCCGGAGUCCCGAGGGAAAUUGGAUAGCCCCUCUGCCUUUUAAAGCAGAAAAACCCACUUUGCCAAACAACAGGCAUGUGGCAGAAAAUAGACUCUGGUCACUGAAGAAGAAGAUGCAGAAAGACCCCAAGGUGUAUGUGGCUAAUAGAAUCAACAACAUUCUAUCCAGUUCUACGCCUAGCCAGUGGCACCAUGUCGCCACCAGCGACAACCCAGCUGACAUCGCUUCCAGAGGAGCUUCAGCUCAACGAGUGUUAAGUUCAAGUUGGCUGACAGGCCCCAGAUGCUUGACCGAAGUCAAUUUUCCAUCAGCCUUUUCUCCCACCGAUAAUACAGAAUUGCCCGAGUCCGUUCCAGAGGUGAAAGUUUGCAAGAUGACCACAGAAAUCAAGAUGGGCCAAAGAUCUUGCCUGGAACCACACCGUUUUGAAUGUUUUUCGGAGUGGCACAGUCUUCUUAGAGCAGUUGCUAGGCUUAUACAUCGUUUAGCUUGCAAAGAUAGUGAGCCUUUACAGGUCCAGGAUAUGAUAAAGGCUAAGAGCGUCAUAUUCAAGUCAGUACAGAGAUCUGCUUUCAAGCAGGAAAUAGCUAAGCUAGAGCAAGGGCUCAACAUCCCUAAUCAAAGUCUUCUAAAUGAGUUAAACCCAUUUCUAGACAAGGAGGGUAUUUUGAGAGUUGGAGGAAGGUUAGCCAAAGCUAAACUCAAGGCGUGCAUAAAAAACCCCAUCAUCAUACCCCCUAAUAGUCACACUGCAUUGCUGCUCGUUCGGCAUCACCAUGAAAGGAUCCAUCAUCAGGGUAGAACUCUAACUGAGGCAGCCCUUAGAAAUGAAGGUCUGUGGGUAGUUAAUGCCAAAAGGUUGGUCAACAGUUGUAUUUUCAAAUGUGUUAAAUGCAGGCGCCUUAGGCGAAACUGUCAAAGUCAGUUGAUGGCAGAACUACCUCAGGAUAGGACUUUGACAGACCCACCCUUUUCCCAUGUGGGAAUCGAUGUGUUUGGUCCUUGGGAGGUUGUCACUAGGAAAACCAGGGGUGGUGUUGUAAAUAACAAGAGGUGGGCAGUUUUGUUUACUUGUUUAGUAAUACGAGCUGUCCAUAUAGAAGUCAUAGAAUGGAUGGACACUUCAUCAUUUUUAAACGCAUUAAAAAGGUUCAUAGCCCUCAGAGGGCCAAUUAAGUCAAUUCGGUCGGACUGUGGCACCAAUUUUGUAGGUGCGACCAAAGAACUCAAUUGUGUGUCUAGGUUUGGGAGAGACCCAAAGGUUCAGAACUUUACGAAUACUGAACAAAUUAUGUGGACUUUCAAUGUUCCUCACGCCUCCCACAUGGGUGGUGUUUGGGAGAGGAUGAUUGGUAUUAGUCGCAAAAUCCUUAAUGCCAUGCUUUUGAGUCAUAGGUCAUUGACGCAUGAUGUUUUGGUGACACUUAUGGCGGAAGUUACCGCAAUUAUCAACAACCGGCCGCUGGUUCCCCUUACCAGUGACCCUGAGAACUUACAACCACUGACUCCUGCACUUAUUUUGACACAAAAGGUGCCAGGAUGGAAGGACAUCAUGUUGCCAGUUCCGGACGGAACUCACCGUGCCCUGUGGAAACAGGUGCAGUCCUUGGCCAACCACUUUUGGAAAAGGUGGAAAGCUGAGUACUUAAGCCAGCUUCAAGCUAGAAGAAUCUGGCAAAGCCCACAGGACAACAUUGAGGUUAACAACGUUGUGUUGUUAAAGGACAAAGACUUGCCCCGCCAUGCAUGGCCCAUGGGCAUUGUAUUAAAGACCUUUCCUUGCCCGGAUGGUAAGGUCAGGAAAGUUCAAUUAAAGACUUGCAACAGAGACAAAGUGUCCAUUUUGGACAGACCAAUUAGUGACCUCGUGUUGCUUAUUGGAGAUGUUUAAAGUUCUAGUGUUUGUAUUGUCAUAUGUGCAAAGGUGUUUGUAUGUUUUUGAGUGGUAAAUUCCCACAUCCUGGGAAUUUAAGCGGGGAGUGUUCCGUCCCCCAGGACGAUGGUUUGCCUUACUUAUUGGUCGUUUGUUUGUUUUCCCUCCUUUGCAUUUUGUUUCAGCCUCUGGCUGCAAAAGCCCAGGAAAGGUGGCUUGAAGUCUGCAAGAGCUGGCUGCAGUUUUCUUUGCAAUGAUUGGUCAAAGAGUACAACAUCUUAGGACCGCCCUUUUUACCAGGGUCUAGUCUCCAUUUUAGAGUUUCAUUCUGGCUAUAGUCUUCCAACGUGCUGGAGCUGUGCAAGGCUAACUGGGACAAAUCAUCCUCAAAACCAGGCCAAUCUAAGCCUAUCCAAAUUAGAUAAGUAUUGAAUUAUACUGAUCUGGAAUAGGAAAUCUAGUUAGAGGAGUAGGGUUAUUCCAUCGCUUCUAGAACUAAUCUUUGCUGUAAAGAUAGGGAAGGAAAGAGUUUCUCCUUCUAAUAUAGACAGCGUGAUUAGGGUAUAGUGGUUUUAUAAUCACCUUUGCCUUCUGGAACCAGGGAUAAUUCUGCAACUAAAACCUAUGGAAAUUUGUUUCAUUUUCUGCAACUUUAAGAUCUGUGCCAGGUUUACAACCUUGUAUGAAUAAACAUCCUUUUUUGAAGUUCUCCAGACUCAGUCGUUCAAUAUUUUAGGACAGCUUAUAGGGAUUUGCAGUUCGCCCGGAUAAAGGACGGCACGUUUCAGCUUUAUAGUUUUUUUUUUAUUGUCUGGCGGACGGCAC